AUGUGUGGCGAAGCAAUCAGCUCUUUUCUGUCUAGGUGUGGUGACUCUGCAGGCCAAGAUUGCAAGUCUCCAUUCCCUGGGGGCAGCAUUCGGGGACAGUUUGACUUGGUUAUAGGCUUCCCACAAAUAUCCAAUUAUCUCGAAUUUGGUCAACUCAGCAGGCUCAUCUUCAUGGAAGACCAAGAUAAGGUUGAAGGCUUCCUGCAAAGGCACCCAUCAUCUAUGAAUGAAAUCAAUUAUCUCGGUCAGACGCCUGUGCACAUUGCGGUUCAGACUCAGAAUGCGACCAUCUUGAGCGUGCUUGUCAGUCAUGCAGAUCCAAAGUUGCUAAACACUAAAGACAACGACGGCUUUUACGCAAUCGAUUAUGCGAUCAACGCAUUAUGUCAUUCUCUGAAGCCUGGAAAAGAACCAGGAUCGACAGUAUGUAACGGCUGCGAAGUUCUCAACGUGCUACUACGGUCUGAAUCGGCGAUCUUUACAAACUCUGUCCGACUAGCUAUGCAGCUACCACAGUAUCACGGCAUACCCGUCUGCAUAGGGGGCCAAAAGAACAUCAUCCGGAGUCUGGUCUCCCGAAGGAAAGAGCUCAAAACACUAGCACAGCGCGAGCUCACUCCAGUAGAAAGACAAGACUUGAAAUUCUGCGAACCCGGUAUUCUAGAUCAGAACGCGGCCCAGACCCAGCAACUUCUGGAGGCAAAGAGAUGCCAUAUUCCAGCGCGUCUGAAAGUUAAUGACAGUACUGAAAGUCCAGAAGAUUCCAGAUCAAUCUACCUACUUAUCUCCCAUGGCGAUGUUGCCGAAUCUGCCUUGCAAAGUGGCUUCCUUAUGCCAACGACGCUAUUUGAUGACUUAUUUCGCUUACUAGCAGAAAGGCUGAAUUAUGGUUCCCGCGGCUCCAAAGAUCAAAUGUUCUUGUUCUCAUCAUAUAUCUCUUGGUUGGUUGAUCAUGGGGGAGACCUCCGCUCCACAGUCCCGACUCUAUGGGGUCGUACAACAGCAGCGCACUACUUCAUGGCCUUUCUCGGCACGAAUCAAAAGUCUUUUAACGUUGGAUGUAUAGUCCCUCUAUCUCCAGAAGUCUCAAGCAUUAUUUUUGAGGAAGACAAUAUUGACGACUGCCGGUCUGUUAUAAAUUGGCUCCAGUAUUGGGUUCAUGCUACUAGGGUUGCUAUAGCCAUAAAGUCUGUCCUUGAACACCUUGAAUAUCUGUACGAUAUACUGGGCCACGCUGGCUACGACCUAACCAAGGAGUACUGGAUUGACAACGCAGCUGUGCGUCACUUUACCUUUUUGAUUCUCGAUCUUCGUCACACCUGUUGCUCUUUACAUAACUCUAGGCGUAUUAAGGCCUUUGGUCCAUUAUCGACAGAAGAUUGUCACGAGAUCGAAGAGGAGGACAGCUGGCGACUAGAGCUGCUUGAACAACUCGUUUUGGAGUUUGAAAGGGAGCGUGGUAAUUACGCUGAUCUUAAAUCAUUUGCACAAGAAUAUUGGGCUCCAAGGAUGAAGGUUGUUUGUCAAGAAAUCAAGUCAUAUGUUCAGACAGAGGCUCAGCGACAGUCAGCUGAGGCAGCUGGAGUUGUAUGGGAAUGUUAUAGCCCACAGGUUCCAUGUGAUGAUAGCUUAACGGUAAGUACUGAGAGCGAAGAGGAGGUAAGUGAAUUGGAGAAGGCUCUAAGGAAGCUAGAUGAAAUUGCUACAGAUCCUGAAAGACCAAGUCUUGUAUAG